AUGGGUUUCUUGAUAAACCAUCGUCGGCAAGUGCUUGAUCUACGGUGGGCAUUUUUAGUGGCAUCCUUGUUGAAACUAGUGGUUUUGACAUCCAGUGACGGAAUAAAACUGCCGGAUCAAACGGAUGCUGCCCUAGCGCAUCCAGUUGAAGGAAAAUCUUCCGAAAUACCCGUAGUUAAUCCGGUGACAGGCGAAGGCCGUCGGCAAGGCAAACAUUUGCUCGAUUUUGUCGGUUUGGGUACAGGCCAGAAUGUGGAUCCAUACUUAGGCCGGACGAACGCUCAGUGUCUGAAUGGAGAACUUGCUGAUUGCUUCAAAUCACAAGCCCUCAAUACAUUCACCGACUUUUUUGCAAAAGAUGUUUACCAGUUAACAUCAGAAGCUCGAAUCGUCCGACUACCGGAAACUCAAGUUCGCUCCCUACAAUACGAAGGAUUCGAGUACUCCGAAGAACCUCGCCAGCUGGAUUCGGAGUGGGACCAGCUGUAUAAAUUUGGACUCCGUCAGCUUGAGCGUUUUAUCAAAUCCACGGCCCUAGAGUUUGAAAUUCCGGAAGAACUCACAGAAGGUGGUCGCUACUCGGCUCGAUUCAUAGAUGAAAUUUCCGACGAAAUCGACGUCAUCGAAGAUAAGAAAGCCCCUCUUUUCACACGUCAUCGACUGAAGAAGAUAUUCAUUCCACUGCUGAUCAUUUUGAAAAUCUUCAAACUGAAACUUUUAUUCUUCCUGCCAGUCAUAUUGGGCUUGGCCAGUUUUAAGAAACUUCUCGGCUUUGCUGCAAUCAUAAUUCCCGGCAUCAUCGGUUACCUGAAGUUGUUCCGGCCGAAUCAAAGCUGCUGUACAAAUGAUUUGUUCGCAAACAAUUACCAACCGCAGUAUUCCCCACAAGGAAUCGGCUCGGUCAGUUACAACCCGUUUAAACCCUAUCAGAGCCAUUACUCGCGUCCGGAACCGAACUUUGCCGGUCCCUAUGGCAAUUACUACCGUGAUGGUUCGGAUCUGAAGGCCGGUGGUGUAAAGUUUGCCGAUGAGCAGGCCUAUCAGGGCUACUCGCAAUACCGAAGCAACGAUAAGGACAUAAAGGCAGAAAAACAGUAG